AUAAUAAGUAUGGCAACACUCUUCACUGGCAGAAAUUGGGCAAAUCAGAAAUCAAAUUUUGACAGCUUUUUGUUCGUGUGCAAAGAAAAAAGUUGUUUAAUUGUUUACUCUGUUUUAAGUUACUUAGAAUUUCGGAAAUUUCCAUAAAUUUGCGAUAAUUGAAAGUGAAAUCUAAAAUGCUAGUUUUCUGAAGAGUGUUCAUCACAAGAAAUCCGUAAAAUUACCUAAAUACAGGAUUGCUGGGCCACCGGGAUCUCUCUUAUCCCUUUUGGAUCAUUCAGCGGAAAAAAUCAGUGAUCAAAAACUCUCUCUUAUCAUCAAGAACGGAAUAAAUUGCAAUAAAUACUUUUUUUUAGUUCGAAUUUGAGGAAAAAAAAUAAUUUUGGUAAUCCUUUCACAUUCUUUUGCAUUAAGAGUCUUGGUGUCGUAAGUUUAUAUGGACGCAAGGUAUUUGGAGUACAUCGUACAUUUCGAGUGGUGAUGCAAAAAGGUUAAGCUCAAGGCGCAUUCAGUAAAGGUGGUGGCACUAGACCAUCAACAAUAUUUGGUAAAAUACUAAAAUAUUUUAGCAAAAUACGCGGAGUGAACAAAAAGGCGAAUAGGAGGCAGUAUGCAGGGAGUUUUUGCGGGUCAUUUGAAUGAACUUUCUGGUACGCCGAAAUUAUUCAUUUAAAGAAGCCAAUAAACACACUUCGUUCAUAUAUGUUAAGAGAGCUCUUUUCUCUGGCGGCUGUGCUACUUUGUGUCUCUUUUCGGAGUCUCCCUUGAAGGUUCAGCGCACCGCACAGCAGCGUGUCCUAAUUGUGCGUCUUGGGGCUUCCGCCGCCUGGUUGGAAAGGUUUGGCAUACACAUCAAAGUAUAAAUCACUGGUCUACGUAUGUAUCACAGCAACUACAACAAGAACAAUUGCGUUGUAAGCGGAUGACUGCAGCAACAAAAAAAUAAAAUAUUAAUAGAGAAGUAAACAGAAACAACGAUCCUUCCAAUAUCCACUAACAAAAAAAAACACUGUAAUAAAAGAAAAAAGUACAACAUAAAAAGUAACAACAACAACGCAACAACCACACAUCGACAAGUCACCUACAACGACUUUCUGCAAAAAGACUUGAAACACAAUAACAACAACAACAACAAAACGUGAAACUUAGUAGCAACAGUACAACAACACGAAUGCAAAAGAAGAAAAAUUGUGCAGCUUACAGAGAAAUCCAAGGGGGAAGUGGCAAGAGAAAGCAGCCAACUUUGGCGUACAAAUAAUAGUUAACUAGGACACACCUGUUGUUCACAGCGACUAUCCUUGUUGUAGUUGUCACAUCAUUGGGUUCAACGAACACACUCAUCCGAUACUUGACAAUAAUCUUACCGCUAACAUUUACACCAUCAACGCCAGCUUUAAGUCUAAAACCUAAAUCAAUUUGUGAUUUGUGUGCGCAUUUUCUUACUGCCAUUGCACCACCUCUAGUGCUCUUGUUGUCAUCCGUAAACCGUCAUCCGUCAUCUGUCAUUCAGUAAAAUGGGUCGAAAAAUCACCGUCGCCAUUUCAACGCUUAAUCAGUGGGCACUUGACUUUGAAGGUAAUUUGGCGCGCAUUUUGCAAUCCAUACUGGAGGCAAAGGAUAUGGGCGCCUGUUAUCGUACCGGCCCAGAAUUGGAAGUAACUGGUUACAGCUGCGAAGAUCACUUUUUCGAGCCGGACACAUAUCUGCACUCGUGGGAAACGCUCCUGGAGAUAAUGCUUUCGCCACUUUGCGAAAAUAUGCUCAUCGACGUUGGUAUGCCGGUUAUGCACCGCAAUGUUGCCUACAAUUGCCGUAUUGCCUUCUUCAAUCGCCAAAUAUUGCUCAUACGCCCUAAAAUGGCAAUGGCCGACGAUGACAACUAUAGAGAAUCGCGUUGGUUUACUUCCUGGACAAAGGCUCUUCAAACGGAAGAGCAUUAUCUGCCACGCAUGAUCUCUCAACAUACCGGCCAGACGACUGCACCAUUUGGCGAUGCGGUUAUCGCUACAAAGGACACCUGCAUCGGUUACGAGAUUUGCGAAGAACUGUGGAAUGUACGAAGCAAACAUAUCGACAUGUCACUUUCGGGAGUUGAGAUCAUUGUUAACGGUUCUGGAUCUUAUAUGGAACUGCGCAAAGCGCACAUUACCACCGAUCUGAUGCGCAAUGCCAGCUUCAAGGCAGGUGGCGCCUAUCUGUUCAGCAACUUACGGGGUUGCGAUGGGCAACGUAUCUACUUCAAUGGCUGCUCGGCCAUAGCCAUGAAUGGCGAAAUUGUCGCCAGAAGCAAGCAAUUUGCUCUGCAGGAUGUGGAAGUCACUUUGGCCACCAUUGAUCUCGAAGAGAUACGCUCGUAUCGCGUCUCGCUACGUUCUCGCUGCAAUUACGCCGCCUCCGCGCCGAGCUAUCCGCGCAUCACUUGUGACUUUGAGAUGUCAACACACAAUGACAUCUUCAAAAGUUCUUCCACACCACUGCAGUGGAUUUAUCAUUCACCCGAGGAGGAAAUUGCCAUGGGCCCUGCCUGCUGGUUAUGGGACUACCUACGGCGUUCUGGCCAAGGUGGCUUCUUUUUGCCGCUCAGCGGUGGUGUUGACUCCAGCAGCUCCGCCACUAUUGUAUACUCCAUGUGCCGCAUGAUCGUGAAUGCCGUGCAAGGCGGUGAUGCCCAGGUACUACACGAUAUCCGAAAAAUACUCGCCGACUCCGAGUACACACCCGAUAAUCCGGCAACUCUUUGCAAUCGCUUGCUAGUCACAUGCUUCAUGGGUAGCGUCAACUCUAGCAAGGAGACACGGCGUCGGGCGGCACAGCUGGCUAAUCAGCUGGGCAGCUAUCACAUCGAAAUCAGCAUUGACACUGCCGUGAAUGCGCUGUUGAGCAUUUUCAAUGCGGUUACUGGUCUCACGCCACGCUUCCGCACGCAGGGCGGAUGCGCGCGUCAAAAUCUAGCGCUGCAGAACAUACAAUCGCGCAUACGCAUGGUGCUGGCGUAUAUGUUUGCGCAACUUAUGUUGUGGGUACGCAAUCGGCCAGGUGGAUUGUUGGUGCUUGGCUCGGCGAAUGUAGACGAAGCCUUGCGCGGCUAUAUGACGAAAUACGAUUGCUCAUCGGCGGAUGUAAAUCCUAUUGGCGGAAUUUCGAAAACCGACUUGCGACGCUUUCUCAACUAUGCGAAGGAAAAAUUUAAUUUAACUGUGCUGGAGUCAAUUAUUGAAGCGCCUCCCACUGCCGAACUGGAGCCACUGCAAGAUGGCCAACUCGUACAAACAGACGAACAGGAUAUGGGCAUGACUUAUGUGGAGUUGAGUGAGUACGGACGUUUGCGUAGGCAGGCGCGCUGUGGACCAUACAGCAUGUUUUGUAAACUGGUGGCUACAUGGCACGCUGAUCUGAGUCCCAAAGAGGUCGCCGACAAGGUAAAGCACUUCUUCCGUUGCUAUGCCAUUAAUCGUCACAAGAUGACUGUGCUCACGCCAUCGGUGCACGCCGAAAGCUAUAGUCCUGAUGACAAUCGAUUCGAUCAUCGUCCAUUCUUGUAUCGCGCCAACUGGAGUUGGCAAUUCAAGGCCAUCGACGAUGAGGUGGAGAAACUGCAACCCGGCUACACGCCCACCUCAACGCAUAUGCGUCCGAGCAGCGAUGAUAUGUUGUCGCACGAAUGCUUGCAUCCUUCCGCACAUCGCUCGUCACAUUUGGGUUCGAAGAACUCAUCGCCAUUAUCGUGCUCUUCCAUCGAAGGUGGUGGCGCUGGCGGCAUCGGUGCUGGACCCAGCGGCAGUAUGGGUACUUUGGGUAAAAAGCCCAGCGGCUAUUCAAAGAUUCAUGUGAAUGUGCUCGGCAAGAUUAAGGAUCGCACUGGCAUACCGGUUUAGGAUAUGUGGUUUGAGGAAUGGCGUUUGGAAGUUUGUGUCACAACGCAGCGGGUGAAUAGGUAAUGCAAGUGGAGGUGUGCCAGCUUAUAGGCGUGACAUUAUAUUUUUAAUUAUUAUCCAGUUGGGUGUUUAAACAGUUUUUCAAUUUCCUUAAUUUCUUUCAAGAGGCAAAGACUAGGAUAAGUUUUUUUUUUCUUUAAAUGUCUUUAAAGAUAUGAAAGUUAAUAGAUUUGCCAAUUUACAAAGUAAAGUCCAAAAUAAACCAGACUGAGCUAAAAUAGAAGCGACAGGAGCUUGGUUCUGAUAACUUCGAGUUUAUUUAAUCAGAAUUGUACCCUCUGGCCUCGAUAAACGGUUUGACGCGAUGUAAAAUCUUUUCGAAAGAGUGUUUCAGGUCAUUGACUAGAAUGUUCUGCAGAAUGUCGGUACAAGCCUUUUCGGUGGCUUCUACGGACGCAAAACGUUUUCCUGUCCGAAUAGGUAGAAGUCACAGUGAGUGAUUGAUGGUUAAAAUGCGAUUUCUAGUCAAAAAAUCAGUCACAAGAGUGGAUCGAUGAGAUGGUGCACUACCAUGUAAUAAGCGCCAGUUUCCUCCUUCGAGGUAUUCAGGGCGAAUUCGACGAAUGCGAUGCAACAAACGCUUCAAAACGCUAAGAUAGAAAAUUGCAUUGACGGUUUGGCUCGUUGGCACGAAUUCCCUGUGGAUAUUUCCUUUGGAAUCGUAAAAACAAAUGAGCAUCGACUUGAUUUUUGACUUCUCCAAACGCGAUUUUUUGGGUGGUGGCUCGUCUGGGGCCUUCCAUUCGGCACUUUCACGCCUUUUUUAGGUUCAUGUUGGAAACACCACAUUUCAUCACCAGUUUCAAUGUUGUAAAUGAAGUUCUGGUAUUUUCACCCCUCUUUAAUGAGGUUUUUCGAAUGUUGAAUUCUGAGCAAUUUUUGGGUUUCUGUUAACUUGUGUGGAAUGAAACGUGCACAGACCUUUCGCAAGCCCAAAUGAUCAAUUAAAAUGCGAUAAAUCGCUGGUUUGGAGAUACUUAACUCCGAUUCCAAGAGUUUCAGCGAUGAUUUCAGUUCAUUUUUGAUAAAUUUACGAACAAAUUCGAUGAAGUUUUCGGUGCAUUUUGGGCGGCCCGUAUGUUCACUGUCAUUUAGGUCCUUACAACUAUCUCUGAAACGUGUAAGCCAUUCAAUAACUCUGACAAGAGAUAGACAGUCGUCAUCAUAAACUUUUUUCAUCAAUUCAAAUCUUUCGCUAAUCGUUUUACCGAUUUUAAAACAAAAUUUGAUAUUAGCUCUUUUUUUGAAACUCAUUUUUGUACCGAUGACACAAACAUACUGACACUUUAGACGCAAUAACUUCGCUUCCACUGUACCGAAUGUCACCAAGCUUUCACUAGAAGUCAGCUAGG